CGGGCGCGGCCCCUUUAAGGCUGCUCCUGCCCGCUGGGGGCGAUGAGGAGCUGGAAGCGGCCGAGGAGCCAGGCGCCGCCUGACAGCCCCAGAAUGGAUCCCAGCAUGGAGCUGACACAGCAGCCUGUGCCAGCUUUACCCAUCCAAAUACACACCACCGCCAUCAGACCAGCUGAUAUUUAUGACAAGACUGCGGCAGAAAUCGAGAAGCAAGGCUAUGACUGCGAGUGCUUGGGUGGGGGCAGGAUCUCCCACCAGAGCAAGGAGAAGAAGAUCCACGUUUAUGGAUAUUCUGUGGGCUUUGGUCGAGCAAAACACUCUGUGUCCACAAAGAUCCUGAAAGACGAGUAUCCAGACUAUGCGGUCACCUGGGCUGAUGAAGGCUAUUGACCUGGCUCCACUCCGACAGCAGCAGACAUUGCUCCCUCUUCCUAGGACUGAGAAGCCUAGGUCGUUGGCUGGGCCUAUGGGAGCAGAGCCUGCACUGGCCAGUGCUCUGGAGCUGCCUGGGCUCCACUGGGUUUCCUUGUGUCUGAAGCUUCAUGGACGAUGCGAGUUCAUUCUGCUGGGAAGCUUCUUACAGGAGAGGGACGAGCCUAGAGCAUGGGGAAUUCACCAGCCUCCUCACCUUUUGGAUCCAUGAAUUGUCUCAGCGCUGUAGUUUUGAGCUGCAACUGGCAAAGGGGCAGCAAAGCCUGUGGUGGAAAUCCUGGCCCCAGUGAAACUGGGGGGUUGCCAUUGAUCUCAGUGGAGCCAGGACUUCUCCCUGAAUGUUUACAAUGAAAAUUAAACAGUAUCUUUAAAUUUA